AUGACCCACGGCCGGCGUGACGUCGAGGGAGAAGACGCCAUUAGACAGGUUGACAAACUGGGAAGAGCCGAUCGCUAAUGUGGCGCUAGCUUAGCUACUUUCCCUUCUCUGUUGGAUAAAGUGACGGAGUUCGGAUCUUCGUUCUUCUAGUUUCUCCCGCCACGUAUUUCCUCCCCUACUCGCUCAUUUUUAUUCUCCCUUCGCCGGCUGUGUCCGAUGUGAGUCGCCAGUCCGCGGCUGUGCUGGGUUACACUCUCGCUCCCGACCGAGGAAGGAUCAGACGAUGGCGGCUGGCGGAGCGGGGGGCGGCGGCAAGACCUACUCCUUCAAGGUGGUUCUGCUGGGGGAGGGAUGCGUCGGGAAGACGUCGCUGGUGCUGCGCUACUGCGAGAAUAAGUUCAACGACAAGCACAUCACCACGCUGCAGGCGUCCUUCUUGACAAAGAAGCUGAACAUCGGAGGGAAGCGAGUGAACCUCGCCAUAUGGGACACAGCAGGCCAGGAGAGGUUCCACGCUCUGGGGCCCAUCUACUACAGAGACUCCAAUGGAGCCAUUUUAGUGUAUGACAUCACAGACGAGGAUUCCUUUCAAAAGGUGAAAAACUGGGUAAAGGAGUUAAGAAAAAUGUUGGGGAAUGAAAUCUCUUUAUGUAUAGUUGGUAAUAAAAUAGACUUGGAGAAGGAGAGGAAUGUAUCCAUCCAAGAAGCAGAAGGGUAUGCAGAGUCUGUUGGGGCGAAACACUAUCACACGUCAGCUAAAUUGAACAAAGGAAUCGAAGAAUUGUUUCUUGAUCUCUGUAAAAGAAUGAUGGAGACGGCACAGGCGGACGAACGGGCGAAAGGCAAUGGUGCCAGUCAGGCGGCAUCAUCGCGGCGGGGGGUGCAGAUCGUGGAUGACGAGCCGCAGGCGGCCGCGGCUGGGGGGGGCGGAUGCUGCUCUGGCUAGGCCCCGCCUCCUCCUCAGGACUGGACUCUCUGACUCUGUCACCCUCCCUCCACACCUUCCUUUUCACGAAGACUGCCAUUCUCGACCUCUCGUCUGACCCCACCCCCUCCCACCAAAUAACACGCUUAACCGUAUUUCCCAGCGAUGACAUUUAUAACACUGAAGAGACUUGUGAAACAAGUGCUGAAUUCGCAGAGUGUGGCUGCCGGCGAGGAAGCUGUUUGUCGCUCUCACGGCUCGGUUAACAACCAUUUGCCAGUGGUGUCUUGAAGCCCCGCCCCCGACCCCUCCCACUCCUCAUGCACAUACCCCUAUUCUAAUUCAUAAUUUUUAUCCUUUGGAUAAUGCGCAUGUAGAACUGUAAAAGCUUCAUUUGGUUUACUUUUAAAGCAUCUUUAUUUAAUAAGUUAUGUGUGUGUUAUUUGGAUUCUCUCUUUUUUCCUCCCAAAUUCAUUCUUCUUUUUGGUGAAUAGUGAAAGGUGUCCAAAUUUUAAAAAAAAUAUCUGGCAGAAAAUUCAUCCUGUUUUUUUUGCACUGGCCCAUCGCUAUCAAUGCUUUUGUUAUACUGUAUUUCUCGUUUGCCAAGAUGUUAUGUAAAACAAGCAUUGUACAAUACAUAUUAAAUAUUUUAUCUGCUUUUACAAGCUUUGGGGGAAAAAUACACAGGUAGAAAUGUGUACACUAGUCUUGUUAAUGACUGUAAAAUCAAAAUAACAAUUGUCAGUGAAAGCACA